GGGGCCGCGGCCAUGGACGAGGCCGAGCCGAGCGAGCGCAGCCCUUUGCUGAGCAGCGGCGAGCGCGGGCGGGCGGCGAGCAGCGCCUUCCAGGGCCGGCGGCUGGCCUGCGCCGCCGUGCUGCUGGCCGAGCUGCUGGAGCGAGUGGCCUUCUACGGCAUCACCUCCAACCUGGUGCUGUUCCUCAACGGGCCGCCCUAUGGCUGGGAGGGCGCGCAGGCCAGCCAGGCGCUGCUGCUCUUCAUGGGCAUCACCUACCUGGUGUCGCCGUUCGGCGGCUGGCUGGCUGACGCCCUGCUGGGCAAGUUCGGCACCAUCCUGCUGAGCAUGGCGCUGUACCUGCUGGGCAUGCUGGCCUUCCCCGUCAUCGCCGCGCCGCACACCCGCCAGGGCCUCUGCGGGGACGUCCCCCUGUUCCCCGUGGAGAACUGCUCCUCGCCGGCGGCCAACGCCACCCUGGCGCCCUGCUCCCAGGUGGGAGCCACCCGCUACUGCGCCACCGCCACCUUCGUGGGACUGGUCCUCGUGGGGCUGGGCGUCGGCUCGGUCAAGGCCAACAUCACCCCGUUCGGGGCAGACCAGGUCAAAGACCGGGGUCCAGAAGCCACAAGAAGAUUUUUUAAUUGGUUUUAUUGGAGCAUUAAUUUGGGAGCUAUCCUCUCUCUGGGAGGCAUUGCAUACAUCCAGCAGAACGUGAGCUUUGUGAUCGGGUACAGCAUCCCAACAGUCUGCAUCGGGAUUUCCUUCAUGGUCUUCUUAUGUGGGCAGAGCUUCUUCAUCACCAAACCUCCUGAUGGUAGUGCCUUCACAGACAUGUUCAAAAUUCUCACAUACUCCUGUUGCUCCAAGAAGACCCACGGGGAACACUCAGCAAACAGUGAAGGCCAGGGAGUGCUGCACCCGCCUCGCAAGCAAAGCCUCUUCGAGAUGGCCAAGCUGUCUCGGGGGGGCCCCUUCAGAGAAGAUAAGGUAGAGGAUGUAAAAGCUCUUGUCAAGAUUAUCCCUGUCUUUCUGGCUUUAAUACCUUACUGGACAGUGUAUUUUCAAAUGCAGACAACAUAUGUAUUGCAGAGUCUCCAUCUGAAAAUUCCCGAGAUAUCCAAUGACACCAACUCCAUCCAUACGUUUCCAGCAGCCUGGCUGACCAUGUUUGAUGCAGUGCUUAUCCUGAUCCUAAUCCCUGUAAAAGACAAACUGGUGGACCCCAUUUUGAAGAGGAAUGGCUUGCUGCCAUCCUCGCUGAAGAGGAUUGCAGUUGGGAUGUUCUUUGUAAUGUGCUCUGCCUUUGCUGCAGGAAUUCUGGAAAGCAACAGACUGAAAAUUGUAAAGGUUAAAACAAUUAACCAGACAAUUGGGAAUGUUACAUACCAUGCUGCAGAUUUGCCAAUCUGGUGGCAGAUUCCUCAGUAUGUGCUGAUUGGAUUCAGUGAAAUAUUUGCAAGUAUAGCAGGUCUAGAAUUUGCAUAUUCAGCUGCUCCCAAGUCCAUGCAGAGUGCAAUUAUGGGGCUGUUCUUUUUCUUUUCGGGGAUUGGCUCGUUUGUUGGCUCUGGAUUGCUGGCACUGGUGUCUAUUAAAGAAAUUGGCUGGAUGAGUAAUCACACAGAUUUUGGUAAUAUUAAUGGCUGCCAACUGAACUAUUACUUCUUCCUGCUGGCUGCUAUCCAAGGAGCCACCCUGCUGCUUUUCCUGAUAGUCUCUGUGAAGUACGAGCACCACAAGUCGAAGGCGAGCGAAGCGGCUGCCAACGGGAGGCCGUGAGCCCUGGCACGGGCAGCCUGUGCCAGCAGCACCCAGGGAAGGGGCAGUGCCCAGCCAGGAGCUCUCCUGCCUGCCCGGGGACUCUGCAGCCCUGCCCUGUGCGAGUGGGAAGUGCCUUAUGGCAGGGGCUGCUUCUUGCACUAGGUCCUGGCAGAGGACAGCGAGCCUUGACGGGAAUGCGCUGCAGGCAUUCCAGCUGCUCUUUGCUCGUGGGGAGAUGUUUACUGAGCCCCCGAGGCUGGGACUCCUGCGAGGGGAGUGCAGGGACUCCCAGGGGCUCUUCUGGCCCAAACUGAACGUGGAUCCACAGAAACACUCGGCAGGCCAAGCCUCCCCUGAGGACACAGCACAGAAACCUUUGACAGGAGCCUCAAGCAGUGCUGGGAGUCAUUUUGGGGUGCGAAACAGGAGCAAAUUGAAUUACAAAUUAGCACAGCUUAAAUUUUAUAAUUGACCUGUUACUGACAGUGCAUCAAGGAUUUUAGUCCAGACUUGCAGUCAGGAGUAUCCAGGACUGAAUCCUAAACCCCAGGAGCUGGUCAGACAGCUGCUGCAGAUUGGUGCACAAUUAACACUUGUUGGGAUUGAAGCUGUUUGACUGCAGCAAUGUUUUUGGUUUUGAGCCUGCAUUAGAUGUGUUAGGACAACACCCACCUUUGGACAAGGCCCUGUUCAGUCUAACACUGUUACUCCCCUAAGGACUAUUCCAAAUAUUUGCAGGAAGCAAAGCAAGCUGGAAUUCUGAGCAGAUCAAUGCACAGUAACCAUUUAGCAGCCUUUAGCCAGGUCCUUCAGUCUUGUCUUACUUUUAGUUAACGUGCUCCAGGGUUUGGAUCUUUCAGCAACACAUUCCUCCAGCAGAGCAAAUGGCUUUAUGUUCAGCCUCUUGAAUUUUAAUGAUUCUAACAACUGUACUUCAGAGUGUGUGCAGACUGCUAUGGAAGGUGCAAGGAAUUAUGCAGAAAGAAAAUAAAACCUUUUUAUUAAUGUAUUGAAUUUUUAUAGUUUCCUUUGUCUGCAGUUCUGUUGUUUAAAAUGUCCUUAUUUUGUACAUGGACAUCUUUUUAAUGAGUUUACAAAAUAAAAGGAACCUCCAUGCUGUGACUUUUGACCCUUUGUUUCUAGGUGAAUAAAAUUCUACUACAACUA